UCGCACAUCCACGUUUGUGUGGUUUGCAUGUGAUCUAACACCUGUUUCAGGCUACACUCGCAGUUUUUAUGUGUCGAAAAGACGGAGACGAAAAACAGACUGCAAAUUAUUAUUUACAAAGCAGUCAAAAAGAAACAUUUUUCUAAGUGAGACGAUUUUAUUCGCUGUCUAUUUAUUUUGCCUUUAAGUUAGGGAGUAUGCCUCCGAUCAACGUUGCCAUGACAACGGAAAUUUAUCUCUUUGCCUUAAGUCGUUGCUAUGUAACGAAGUUGUGUAGUACAGGGAAAUUUGCCACUGGUAUUUUAUCUACUUAUGUGCAAAGUUUGAUUGUUGUUUCCAAAACAGGAGGGUCAAGAUCCUAAAACAAAGAAAAAACUUUUUCAAACAAAUCUAAGGACGUUUAUUGUCAUUUCAACCAUGCUUGUUUGUCCUGACAGAAUGAAUUCUUUGGAUAAAAAGGCAACCCAAUAUAAUAACUUAAAAAAAUAUAAUAUCACAGAGAAUAAGAUAAGCACACUCAUACUAAAACGUUUACUCUACAAAAUGAAUUUGUUGCGAAAAAUAACAAAUUCCUUUUAAAAGUUAUAAGGAUUUAAACAUGAUAAAAAGUUCCUUAUUUAUUUUUGUGUUUUCAAUGUUUCCGUCGACUAUGGUAAUACAACCGGUAGAUGUUCCUUUUUUACCUUGUGUUAGUGGCAUUCAAAUGUCUAUGUUUUAUUUAAACCACUCUUUGUACUUAGGUUUUUUUCCUUUUUUAUGUGAGAGAUGACGGUCGUAAUCUCUCAUAUCAAGAAGGCAAAAAACCCUGAGCACAAGGGUUAAUUUAUACGUUAUCAAAAAAAUGAAAUUUGUUUCAAAGCAACAACAUUUUAACUUUUUUCGAACACCUGCCAUGCGUGUCCUGGGUCCCGGGUCUCACCCUCUAGUGUCCUUGGAUCCAGGUCCCACUUUUCCCGUAUGCUGUAAUUCCUUCCAAGGGAACAUAAUAAACAAAUAUGGCCGCGGCUCGGGUGCUAGCACGACAUAUGAGACUACCAAUCCAGCCAGUCAACUUUCGAAUCCUAAGCGUUUUAUUUUAGCUAUUUGAUUAUGCAGAUACCUUACUUAAGUCAUGACUUGAAGCUUUUCACCCCACCCAAGCUAGGCCAAAGAAUUUUAAAAAAUUGUUUUUUGUUUAUAAUAAUGACCACACUUAGUAGGUUUGGUUAUAUACUUCUUAUGUUCCUUGCCGAUGUCAUCGUUGUUGGAAUAAUUUUUUUACUAACAUUUUGGGUUUGCUCUGAGAAAUUUUCAUCAAGUUUUCGUAUAAGAAGAACUGAAUAUUGAUAUCCCAAAAGAAAAGGCUUUAUUAACUUGGUAAAGUAUAAAGUACUAGGAUCAUGUUUUUAAAAGAAUUUAAAUGACCCCAUUUAAUUUCUCCUCUUGCAAAGAUAUGGUAUGUAAUUUCUUUAAAAUUAUUAAUGGUUAUGAAAAUAAUCGUUGAAAUAUAAACAAGAUUUUUGUCAUUGUCUAUUGGAUAGAGCAUAAACAUUCUUCUCAUUGAUAUUAUGCUUAAUACAUGGUUUACCAUCUGUUAAGUUACUUAUAUACUUCAGUUACCUGAGAUAUAUUAGGGUUUGUCAUCUGUGCUUCUUCACUAACUCAACUCAAUGCUUGACCGUUUCUACAAUGUUGUUUGAGUUCUGCUCUCUGUGUAGUAGUAUUUGUGUGAGGCAGAUAAAAAAUGUGUGUAUAUACGAAAAUCUUAUACACAAAGGUUCACAAGGUAACUCAUGAGCAUUGGUUUGUUUGAAGUUUUUGGGUUUUCUAUUGAUUCUUCUAAAAUUCUGUUUAUAAUUCAGUUGCAACGCACAAGCAAAUUGAUUGAGGUGUGCUGUUGUAUUGAUAGCACAUGCAAAAUACUAAAUUUUAUAAGAAGUUCACCAAUGUUGCACACUUAAUAAGCACGCAUAAAUACUUCAUAUUUGAUUUUUACUACACACAUGCCAAGAUCUUCCUGGAAAAGCCUUGUUACUAACUAUUGAAUGGGGUGGGUCAAAGGUUAGCAUCUUUACAACCAUAUCAUCAAACCCAAAAUUCGAAGUAUAUAUAUAUAUAUAAACAAUUUUCUCAAAAUCGCAACAGUUCAUUCUGCAAACAUUUGAGGGAUGAGAUGGAUAAUUGGAACCAUCAUUCUUGGCUUAACGUCCGUUUUCCAUGCUAGCAUGGGCUGGACGGGGUACAUUAAUGACCCUCUUCCAAUCUGAUCUAGACUUUGUUAGAUCUAAACUCAACUUCCUCUGUAUCAAGUCUGUCCUUAUAACCUCCUGCCAAGUCUUUCUCGGUAUACCUCUGUGCUUUGCCUCAGGAACUCUGAAGUCUCUACACUUUCUUAACCAAUUAUCCCCCUCCAUUCUUUCCAAGUGCCCCAGCUAAUUAAAUCUUCGUAUCUGGAUAACAUCUUUAAUUCUACGGGUACUUAGCCUGCUUCUUAGCUCAUCUGAACUCUUUCUGUCUCUCAGACUGGUGUUACACAUCCACUUAACCAUUCUCAUAUCAUUCCUUUCUAAAUGGUCAAGAUCUUCCUGCUUCACUGUCCAUAUCUCACUACCGUACAACAUAACACUUCUUACGCAGGCCUCAUACAACCUACCUUUUAACUCAAUUGACAAGACUCUGCUAGUCUUGCAUACAAACAGGAUGUCAGCUCUUGACGUUCCACCAAUACUACUGCACUUUGUAUGUACCCAAUGCUUGCAAGUCUGACAGAAAAUUGAGUUACUACCAACCCUUUCCUGCACACUCCACAAGGCCACUUUCCAGCUACAAGGUCACACUUGGCUUUAAUGCUACUAAUCAUGACUUUAGGCUUUCCUGUGUUCACCCUUAGCCCUUUCUCUUCUGGUCCUUUCUUCCACUUCUCAAACUUUUCAACUAAUUCUUCCAUCGACUCAAAUCAUCUGCAUACAAUAACACCCAUGGACAACCUGAUCUGAACUCCAUCGACAGCGCUUUUAAGACUAGAACAAACAACAAAGGACUAAGAACAGAGCCCUGAUGUACACCAACAUUUACACUAAAUUCAUCACUAAGUGAAUCGUUAGUCCUGACACGACUUCUAGCAUUGCUGUACAUAGACUGUACCAUUGUAACUAGCCACUCAUUCACACCUAAUUUUCUCAUAGGUCACCUAAUAACUUUACGUGGCACUCUAUCAAAAGCUUUCUCUAAAUCUACAAAGGCAAAAUAGAUUAUUUCUCUUUCCUAAAUACUUUCCUGAAGCUGUCUGAGUAAAAAUAUUGCAUCUGUAGUGCCACACCCUGGAACAAAACCAAAUUGCAUCUUAUCUAUAUCUAUAUAAUUCUUUCUCUAAAUAACUUAUUAAUCACUCUUUCAAUAACUUUCAUUACUUGAUCAACCAACUUCAAACCUCUAUAGUUACCUCUUUCUAAUGCAUCACCCUUGCCCUUGAAACAAUUCACUAUUACACUCGACUGCCACUCACUCGGAACAGCACCAUCCUUUAUAAUCGGAUUAGCAAGACUUGUAAUAAGGUCCAAUAUAUCCAGAUGCUUUUACCAUCUCUGCAACAAUACCUGAUACUCCUGCAGCUUUCAAUUUCCUAAUAGCUUUCACUACCCAUUCUGUCUUGAUCUGCAUGGCUGGCCCUUCCACAACAUCAUCAUCAGACAAAUUAUCCUCAUCCUAAUCAAACUCAGUGUUAGGCAACCUCUGAUAAUAAUUCUUUCAAGCUACCCUUUUCUCCUCCUCUGUGCUAGCAAAAACACCUUCAUCAUUACAUAUACACUUCUCGCCUACAACAUCUUGAUUAGUCUUUUUCAUUCGUCCACACACAGGUAUCAUCAGAAGCUUCUAGAAGGCAAUUUUUCAAAGUAGUCCAAGUACUUUCAGCAUUGUCACUAUCACACUGACCAUUGUGGGCUAACUGCUGAACUUUUGCACUAUAAAUUGUCUUGCUACAAUCUCUUCCUUCAGCUUCCAGACUUUACGACGGGGCCUAUACUUUCCCUUGGCUAUAUGAUGACGAAAAAAAAGAUAGAAUUAUUCUUAUAAAAAAAGUGUACUGUCAGGCAGUAAAAAAGGCGAUACAGAAAAACCAAUUGAAAAUUGUUGUUAGGGGGCGUGUGCUUCUGGUGGGUCUAGUCGAUACAGGAUAGUAAAUACGAAUGGAAAGGAAAACUAUUUCAGAAGCAUUAAGUGUUUUUUGAAUGUGUUAGCAAUGAUUCAAAGAGGAAAAGGGACACAAAUGUUGUCGUAUGAAAUCCCAUAAAUUCUACGUAAUCGAGAUUAUCAAUUUUCAUAAAUUCCAAUUUACGUUACCCACUGGGAGGAAUUGCUUAGAUCCAAAGACACUGAAAUUAAAUUAUCUUAGCUGUAAUUGCCAAUAGAAGAAUUUGCCAAUAAAAGAAGUUUGAUAUUUACAAUGGACUUUGCACCAAGCACAAGAUUGGUUAAUCAUUUGUGCACUCCUAAUUUUGACAUUACGUUUCAGAGAACGUUUCUGGGAACUUGACCAAAUAGUUUUCUGCAUGUUUGUGUAGUUUUUGCUUGAUUUUUAUGUCAAGAGAAAAGCAAACACAUUUAUUUAUAGCCAUUAAACAUUGUGUAUAUUUAUAGUAUGGUAAACAGUGUCUGUAUUUAGCCUCUAAAGCUUACAUCUAUUUUAUAGAUACAAGUUUUCUUUCCCAAAUUUGUCCUUCUGUUUUAGUCAAUCUAUAUUGGUUUUUAUGUAAUUUACAGAUAACCUUACAUUUGUUCAUUGUAGACACCAAACACUGAGAAAAAAUGACAAAAAACAUAAAUGUUGUUACAACCACUAAAGGAUCAGCAUUCUUUGUUGAUCUUGAUUCAGUUAUCCAAGAAGAAAUUACAAAAGAAAAGAAAAUCAGUAUUGAAAGACAAAGCAGCGGAACAGUGCUUUUUAUUCCAUUAUUUGAUGACAAGCCAAAAACGAAAAAGAAAACUUCAGGUAUCAGUGAAGAACCUGACAUACUCAAUAGAACUUUCACAAAAGAAGAUUUCUCAAAAGUAAAAACCCCACUUAAUGUUAGCUUAAAAGAAAAAGAAAAAAAUUCAGAUGUAAAUUUUUUAAAUAGAAUCAAUCAUCACCUAAAGCAUGACAAGAAAAAAAAUAAUAAUUCUGACAAUAAACUUUUAACUGCUGUCUUACCUUCCACUCAGUUAUCAAUAAAAGAAACUGAUAUCCCAUGUCACCUGCAUCCUUCUUGUAAUGAUAAUAAAACGUUAAGCAUUGAAUCUGAACAGUUAAACUAUUUUCAAGAUACAAAAGAUUCACAUCUUUUCAGUAAGAACAAUACUUUACCAAAAUUACCAAAGUGGGCAACAGAUUGCACAUCACUUGAUUCAACCAUUAUUGGUCCAUAUGAAAAUCCUGAAUGUCAUGUUAAGAUUGAGGAGAUGUUUUCCAACAACGAAAAACGAAAAUCGAGUUAUUCUUCCUCUGUGUUGCCACCAAUAUCGAGAGUAUCAAGCGCGAAAGCGAUGAAAUCAUCUUCUGGUAUAAAUAUGAAAAAAGCUGGAUCUGUGAAAACAAAAAAUACCUGCAAGAAAAAAUUGAAAGAAAAUCAAUUGAACAACAAAUCCACCAAAUGUAAGAAGAAACCUAAAACCAAGACAUGUAAACAGAAGAUCAGUGUAUCAACCGAACAUCCUGAACAAAGUGUUAAUCACAAAUUUCAGCAGAUUGAAGAAUUGAAAGUUGAUGCCAGUGAGAACGCUAUUGCAGUAAAAUCUAACAACUUUCUCAUGCAAGAUGUUGUUUGUUUAGGAGAAACUAAUAACAGUGAUUUCAUUGAUCGAUUUGAAAAAAAUGAAAAACCAGAAAAUAAAUUAAACAUUGAAAAUGUAGUGAAUGUACUUGCAAGAGGUGAAACUGAUGCCCCAAAUAUGUUGAUAGAGAGUAUGGAGAAAACACUUUCCAUAGAAUGUGUUGUGGAAGAACUACCUAGUCACUCGCCGAAUAAGAAAUUGUUUCAAUAUAAUAACUUUUUAUCUCGAAUAUCUGAAGAAAAGAGUCAAAACGGCUCCAUGUCAUUUUCAUCUAAAAUGCAUCGAAGUAUCAAAAAAGAGGAAGUUACAUCAAUGUCAAACAAUUCAACUUUUCAAGAGAUGUCCAAACUGAUGUUUGCACCUGGUAUUGUAAAUAACGAGUCUACAUUUCGAUCAGACUCCCCAUGUGAUUCUAAUUAUUCUGUGUCAACAAUAACCGACAGACCAUAUGUACGAAGUGUUUUGGGUAAUAUUUCAAGCAGAAGCUUGUACAGUAGUUCAUCUUCAUAUACAGAUAACAAUGAAAACGAGGUUAUUGAGUGGCAGAAAGGGAAAAUGAUUGAUCGAGGAGCUUUCGGUGUUGUAUAUCAGGGGUUAACAGAUAAUGCACAACUUAUUGCUGUAAAAGAAGUCGAAAUCGGAAACUCUAAAAAUAUGGCAAGAAAUUAUAAAAAGCUUCAGGACGAAAUCAACAUAUUAAAAGGAUUACGUCAUCGCAAUAUUAUUAGAUUCAUCGGAACAGCUCUUGAAGACAAUGUUAUAUAUAUUUUUAUGGAGUAUAUAGCUGGGGGUUCAUUGUCUAAUUUGAUAUCAAGUUUUGGAUCAUUGAAAGAGGUGGUGUUUCAGAAAUUCACUUAUCAAAUUCUGUCAGGAGUUCACUAUCUUCAUAUAAAAGGAGUGAUACAUAGAGAUAUCAAAGGCGCGAAUAUUUUAAUCACUGUAAAAGGAACAAUUAAACUGAUCGAUUUUGGAUGUGCGAAAGAACUGAGUUUAAGUCUUGGAUCUACCGUUUUACUGAAAUCAGUAAAGGGAACGCCAUAUUGGAUGGCACCUGAAGUGAUACAAGGUACUGGGUGUAAUCAUAAGUCUGAUAUAUGGAGCGUCGGCUGCACAGUCAUGGAAAUGGCUACUGGGAAACCACCAUGGAGUGAGUAUCCGCCAUACGCAGCAAUGUAUGCCAUCGCAGAGAACACAAACCAUCCACCAGAAUUAGACGCAAAUCACUCAGCAGAAGCAAGAUCAUUUGUUGCAGCUUGUUUAGUAAGGGAUAUGAAUAUAAGACCGUCUGCCGAAGAAAUGUUAAAGCAUCCAUUUGUCAAGAACACAUAAUGACGAAAAAUUAGAACUCAUAAUGGUGCGACUCAUCAAUGGAGCAUGUUGCAUGUGGACAAAAUGAUUCAUGUGUGGACUACAUGGUGCUGUUAUAUGCCAUAGGUACUGUGGAUUACUUCAGCUUUGUAUAGAACUGUGUGACAUAAUCAACUUAAUCUCUCUUUUUUUUGCUUUUUUCCUAGUAAAAGCCAUCUUUUAAAAGAACAAACUAACGGUCAUCCACUCGUCAAAUAAUAUUUAAAAAUUGUCAUAAGCUAAAAAAUUCUUGUGCUCCACGAAAUAAAUACUUCUAAUAUUUUUUAAAAAAAUGUUAUUUACAUCGCGAUAUAAACAUGUAAAUAUGACAAAAUUUAUUUACAAAAAACAAAAA